UUGGUUGGUGUUAUUUGGGGUGUGGGUGAGGGUCCCAGUCCUCACCGAGUGAGACUCGCCUGCCCCCGACCCUGUCCUCUGCUCUCCAGCAUGGUGUGUCUGCGCUUCCCCCGCGGCUCCUGGGCGGCGGCUCUGCCGGCGACACUGAUGGUGCUGAGCCCUCUCCUGACUUGGGCCGGGGACGCUCCAGCACAUUUCCUGGAGCAGCUUAAAUACGAGUGUCAUUUCACCAACGGGACGCAGCGCGUGCGGCUCCUGGAGAGAUACAUCUACAACCAGGAGGAGUUCCUGCGCUACGACAGCGACGUGGGCAAGUACCUGGCGGUGACCGAGCUGGGGCGGCGGGACGCCGAGAACUGGAACGGGCAGGAGGACGUCCUGGAGCAGAGGCGGGCCGAGCUGGACACGUACUGCAGACACAACUACGGGGUGUCGGAGGGAUUCCUGGUGCAUCGGCAAGCUGAGCCCACGGUGACCGUGUAUCCUGCAAGGACCCAGCGCCUGCAGCACCACAACCUGCUGGUCUGCUCCGUGAGCGGUUUCUACCCAGGCAGCAUCGAAGUCCGCUGGCUGCGGGACGGCCGGGAGGAGGAGGCGGGGGUCGUCUCCACCGGCCUGAUCCGGAAUGGAGACUGGACCUUCCAGACCCUGGUGAUGCUGGAAACCGUCCCCCAGAGUGGAGAGGUCUACACCUGCCACGUGCGGCACCCCAGCCUGACGAGCCCUGUCGCCGUGGAAUGGAGGCCACAGUCUGACUCUGCGCGGAACAAGAUGCUGAGUGGAGUCGGGGGCUUCGUGCUGGGGCUGCUCUUCCUGGGGGCCGGGCUGCUCGUCCACUUCAGGAGCCAGAAGGCACACUCUGGACUUCAGCCAACAGGACUCCUGAGCUGAGUGACCAGGGGACGCUCCAGGUGGCCUCUGUCCUGCUCCUCCCACACCUUCCAGCAUGAAAAGGCUCCCUGCCGGGCUCUUAUUCUACAGAGAGGGCUCCGGGGCUCUGGUCCGUCCUGGUUCCCGACCCUGCAGAAAGGCCUCCCCGCUGCUCCCUCAGCUGCCCUGGACCUGGGACCCCCAGUGUUGACUGCAGACCCCGAUCUCCCACCCGAGUCCCACCCUCACUGCUGUGCCCCUGAACUCCCCUCUGCCCACAUUUCUCCGUAGUUUCCCUAAUUAAAUACGGA